AGGACUUGACUGGACUGAAUUCCUUGCUGUAUAAAAGAAUUCCUGUGCCAUGGAAAGCCUCUGAAUUUUGGACUGGUUCAUUCAUCUGUCUCAGUGAGGGGACUGGCAACUUGCAGAGGAGUGGCAGGUGGGAGCAACAAUUACUUUGAUUCCACGGCACAGUUGUAUGUGCAGUGAUGUUUUAGGUGAGAAGCCAGGGACGGAGCAAGAUGAAGUUAAGCUGCAGAACGCCAGCAAGCAGAUUGUGCAGACUGCUAUCCUCCGAGCACUGCAGCAAGUUUCCCAGGAGAGCCAGCAAAAGGAGAAUCGAACAAACAGUACAAGCCUCCAGCUCGAAAGAGGAAAACUAACCAAGAAACAUGAAAGGAAGUAAAGGAGCAGAUUGGGUUUUUUCAGUCCUUCAGUCUGCAGUUUUCAGCCUUCUCUUUAGUAUCAGCUGUAUUGCUAGUGCAAUGCUACUGUUGUAAAGCAAACCAAAGUAUUAUCAUACCUAGACAUAGGGUAAAACUGCAAUAGUCCUCAGCUGAGAAAUAUUAAGUGCAUUAGAUGAAUAACUUCAUAUUUAUGCAGUGCCUAUUAACAGAAACAAUAACCAUAGUUAUAAAAGUAGUUUCAAGCACAAACUCUUACGGUAUGAACUUAUUCUCAAAAGCUUGUUGUCAGUUCACUUUCAUGUUAAGUUCUGCGUGCAACAAUUAUGUCAUUUCAGCUGGGUGGACUCUUCUUUGAGUGACUGGGUUCACUGAAGUUGUCUUCACCGAAGAAAUAGUUUACUGUCGAGUAUAGCAGAAUGAUUUCAGACUCCCUUGAAGCAUGGGUCUGUACUUUGCUUUGAUUAGACAUGAGCUAUGUGAAAUGGCAGUAUAAAGUGGAUUUGGUAAGUUCUGUGAACCAAUUUCUUUUUUCAUCUUGGACAAAAAAAAGCGCAAUCCAGUAAGACUGCAGUAACUGUGAUCUAUUACUGUGAUCAUACACCUAUGAUCUCUGUCUUUUUUUAAAGAAGUUAAAAUAAGUACUGAAGUUUUAGUCUACUUAUUUGAAACACUUCUAUACUUCUGCAUAAAAAUCACUUGUGCCUCAACUAGUCCUUUUAAUUUUCUUGAUACUGAAAGAAAAGAAACUGAUGCAAUGAUAAGGAGUUUGCCAACAUAUUCUUCAGUUUUGCAGCUUUGCUGGGGCUCUAUUUACAAGACUGGAGUGUCUUAAAAAAAAGGGGUUGAAUUUAUUAAUAUCUUGAAGGAUGAAAAUAUACUGUGUCUGAAUUCUGUCAUGGUAGAUAUUUCUCACCUGCUGUGCAUAAAGUGACUUUACAUAUUUGGAAUUGUAACAUAGAUUCACCUUAAAUAGCACUGCAUUAAGCUGGUAAUACAGAGCUUAUCCUUUUAAGUGCUCUAUAUAGCUGAAGCAAUCCACAAUGUUUCGGAAAAUACAAAUUAAAUACAUGUCCCCUUCCCUUUUAUGCUCCCUUUCUGUAAUGAUGAUUGCGCUAUUACACAUCUGAAAUUAAUAACUGUAUAUUUAAUUCUAGAAAUGGCUUGUAGCUCUACUUCGCUGAAUUCCUGUAGUAAUACACCGAGAAAUAUAGAGAAGCAGAUGCUCUGCAAAACUGUGAACUGCUUUUCUAGUCAGCUAUGUGAUUCUCAAAGAGACUGUGGGUUAAGCAAUUGGCUAUUACUUACUGUGUCCUGUUGCUUGUGUUAAACAAUUUUGGAUUCAUCAUGGCCAGAGGCUUAGCCAUAAAUAACCACAUACUGUAGUAUUAAGUUUUUUAAUUUGCCUGGUUUCUCUCUUUUUCUUUUUUUUUUUUUUUUUAAUUUAACAGCACCAUCUCAUACAAGAUAAUAAUUUAGCUGAAUCUUCUUUCACUUAAAAAUUAAAAGAUUUCAAUAUGAUUAAAGUUGUUUCAAAUCACCUAAUAAUGAAAACUGACUUGGAUUACAAGUACCACAGGUGGUUCAGUUCUAUAGACACUGGGUGAAUGUUUUUAGCCAAGCAAAUUUUGAAAUGUGAAAGUGGUUGGGUCUUGAGGUAUGUGUGUGUUUGUUUUAACAGUAAUUUUUUUACCAUUAGCUUUUUCAUCUGUUCACCUUUGGUUGGGAGGUAACUCUUUUCUAAGCACUCUUUGCAUCUUUGCUUUCUGAGAGCCUAAGAAAACUGAUCAUGAGUAAAGGUUCAAUACUGAGUCUGACAAGCGGGCAAGUCCAGUGGUGAGAGAGGGCAAACCUUUUGGAGAGACUCUGUGGUGCAAAAUGGUGUGUACGAUGGACUCACCUACAAUGCUGCAGGAAGGAGAGAUAUCAAACGUAUCAAUUUCUUUGAAAUUAUGCUACUCCUUUAAUGUUUUUUGUCACUGUAAAUUUGAAAUGUGUUUGUGUUUGGGGUUUUUUUUGUAUUCCUGGUAAUUAUGUUAAUAAUCUUCAUGUAAUUUUAAAACUUGUUUGUAUGUAAACUUUUCUUUACUUAAUCAUUUUAGAGAAAGAAUCAUUUCAAAAGCCAAUGAGUCCAGGCUUUUGAUACUACUUUAUAUCACCCUAUUCCACUCCUGUUCCCACUCCUCCCACUAUACUGUUAUACAAUAUCCCUUUACUGUCCUAGUCCUUUUAGACACACUAUUACUCAACCAUUUAACAGUCAUGUCCACCACUGCCAGAAUGCCAAUGCCAUCAGAAGUCCAACAUCUUGGAAAACUAAAAAUGGUAGGAAGCCUAGCAAAGCCUUGAGGAAGUUUUCUAUGGUCUCCUAUUGAGGACAAACAAAUACUGCAGCUUAAAUAAUGUAGUUUUCCCUGAGAGCCAAAUGAUGUGUCUCCGAUCUAGAGUAAUACACCCCUAAGUUACAGGACACAUUUAGUAUUUCCUACUGACAACCAAUGUUCUGAACACCACUUGCACCCAGAAUAUGCACCUGAGGUUUGUACCACGUGUGAGAAAACUGCACAAAAGUAAACUUCACCCUUGCUUCAUUAUAUGCUUACUACAUGAUGAAAGCGGGUAUUUUUUGGUAUUAUCUUCACUGACAGAUUAUAUUUUCUGGAGAAAAUAAGGACUUUAGAAAUUAUUACAGAUGCGAUGUAGGUCUUUCUACAAAUAAAAUAGAACUCCUAAAGAAACUCUUAGUACCUUACAUGUCUUUAGUUUUUCCUGUCAGAAGAGGGGAAGCAAUUUUCAGAUUCACUAGACAAUCUCAUGAGGCAAACUGUACUCAUAAGAUUUGCAGUAAUGAAUGCAUUAUUCAGCACGAUAAUUCAUAUCUUAAAAGUACGAGACAAUCAAAAUGGUAUCUAUAGGUAUUUAAAACAAACUCACCAAAUUUUAGCACUUAUAGUCGUAAGUAGAAGGUUGUACAACUAUGUGAAAUUGUAUUUACCACAACUCCAAAAUAACAGAAGAAUUGUGUUUCCACGGCUAUUCUGCACUACGUUUGCUAUGUUUUCAUUUGGUUUGAUUAUCACAAUUUUAUUACCUUACUUGUGCUGUUCUUUGUAAGGUUAAUCAAGCAGCAAUGCUUAAAUGGAAAUUCACGUGGCCACAGCAGGUUGUAAGAGAUUUCUAAAUGCCACUGUACUUCAAGUUUUUUGGUUCUGUGUGGUUACACUGGAAAUCCCUGCUCUAAAAUAAAUAAAACCAACAACUGUGACUUGGAAACAGCCAUAUUAAUUUUAUCAUUUCAGAAAAAUAAAAGCAUUUUGUCAUGAUA